UAGGGAAGUGGGUGAAUGACGUGGCCCUUUCUUCUAGGCCACAAAGCAAAUGGACUGCCCGCUGACAAAGCUCUGGGCUCCAAGAAGCAGAAACAGCAGCAGCGGCUUCGCAAGGAGAAGCGUCAGCCACAUGCCUUCACUCACCGGCUCCUGGCUGCGGCACUGAAGAGCCACAGUGGGAGCAUCUCUUGCCUGGACUUUAGCAGCAAUGGCAAGUACCUGGCCACCUGUGCCGAUGACCGGACGGUCCGCAUCUGGAGCACCAAGGACUUCCUGCAGCGGGAGCACCGCAGCAUGAGGGCCAAUGUGGAGCUGGACCACGCCACCCUGGUGCGCUUCAGCCCCGACUGCAGAGCCUUCAUCGUCUGGCUGGCCAAUGGGGAGACUCUCCGUGUCUUCAAGAUGACCAAGCGAGAAGAUGGGGGCUACACCUUCACAGCUGCCCCAGAGGACUUCCCCAAAAAGCACAAGGCGCCCAUUGUCAACAUUGGCAUUGCUGACACAGGGAAGUUCAUCAUGACAGCCUCCAAGGACACUACCAUCCUUAUCUGGAGCCUGAAAGGCCAGGUGCUGUCCACCAUCAACACCAACCAGAUGAACAACACGCAUGCUGUCAUCUCCCCGUGUAGCAGGUUUGUGGCCUCUUGUGGCUUCACCCCGGAUGUGAAGGUUUGGGAAGUCUGCUUCGGAAAAAAGGGGGACUUCCAGGAGGUCACGAGAGCCUUUGAACUGAAGGGCCACUCAGCGGCUGUCCACUUCUUCGCUUUCUCCAAUGACUCCCGGAGGAUGGCCUCUGUCUCUAAGGACGGCACGUGGAGACUCUGGGACACAGACGUGGAAUACAAGAAGCAGCAGGACCCCUUCUUGCUGAGGACAGGCCGCUAUGCCGAGGCAGGCACCAUGUCGUGCCGCCUGGCUCUCUCCCCCGACGCCCAGGUCCUGGCUCUGGCCAGCGGCACCAGCAUCUGCCUGUACAACACCCGGCGAGGCGAGGAGGAGGAGCGCUUUGAACAGGUCCACGGGGAGUGUAUCACUGACUUGUCCUUUGACCUUACGGGCCGGCUUCUGGCCUCUUGCGGGGACCGGGCAGUGCGACUCUUCCACAAUGCCCCCGGCCACCGUGCGGUGGUGGAGGAGAUGCAGGGCCUCCUAAAGCGGGCCUUCAACGAGAGCACCCGCCAGAGGCUACAGCAGCAGCUGAGCCAGGCUCAGGAGGCCCUGAGGAGCCUGGGUGCGCUGAAGAAAUGACUUUCUGGGCAGGACCUGGCCUCCAGGGCCACCACCUCCUUCCCAGGUACUCCCCAGCUAGAAGCCUUUUGAAAGGAGUCUCUUAAUCGGUGACAUGAUACCC